UUUCGCGAGUUAUUAGAGUGAUAAAAAAAAAGAGCAGAUAUAAUUAAUCAUAGCUCCAAGAAUUGUUCUUCCGAAUUAUCUGAACGCCGUGUAGCAUUUUUACGGCUUUACAAUUUAAUUUGCAUUUAAUUUUGUUUCAAAUUAAAAGAAGACGAGUUCAACUUGUUACCAUUCGAAUCCUUCUUAACUCUCACGUCUCAUACAACGCCCUUAAUAUACAAGAUCUUUGUACAAACCUUGAACGCUAUGAAAAUAUAAAAGUAUCCCAAAAGUAGUUGAAUACAAUUCGAAAUUCUAUAAGCAUACUAUUAUUUCGUAAAUAAUAUGCCACGUGACGAUCGUUGUAUUUCAUUGACCCGAAUUGGACUUUGAACGCGCCCCGGUGCGUUUCGCUAGUGUUUCGGAUAGAGUCUUUAGCAAUUGGAAGGAAACAUACAUACAUAUACUAUAUACAUAUGGGGACACAAAUACUUUACCAUGCCUUCUUCUCAUUUUUUCUUAUGCUUUCCUUGAAACGCAUGCAACUUCGAGUAAAGCAUUUGUGUCCCCUUUUGUACAUACUUUGAUAGAUAUGCAUUAAUGAAUUGGCAGUAAAUAGUUUAUAUAAAAUGUAUUUGGAUAGAAAUAUGUAUAUAUCUCGACGAUUUCCAACGCCGGAUGAGUAUUGAGCAUUGCGUUUAUAAAAUUUCUUCCAAAAGCCGUUAUCGAUCGUGUGUCCGAGUAAGUAAAAUACAAAUCUAUAUACGAAGUAUAUAUAUAUGUAUAUCCCACUAAAAAUAUUUGUAUACAACUUUUUUUUAUCAAUAAUACUUCAACUCGUAAAGGCGACACGGAGAAGAAAAUGAAGCUUACUUUAUUUAAGCGGAUUAUAUCCUUUGAAUAACGCAACCUUUUAAUGCUUAUGAUGAAAUAUUUAUUCCUGAAGCACGGCGAUAGAUCGGCCCGAAAGAUAGUAUCGUUCAAUCAAGCGGAACCGUAAAAAAUUUCUGCAUACAAAUCUCGCGUGCUUUCUGUAAUCGAUUCUUUAAAAAUCGAUCGUUGUGACUUUGUCAUGUUAAACAAUCUAUCAAAUAAUACCCAUAAAUAUUCGCCUUUAUAACCGAUUAACUUCUGAAAUAAUAUUUCCCAAUGAGAUCGAAAUAUAAUUAAACUAAAUGACCGCUUUAACAAAGAAUACUCACGCAAAACGAAAAUUUCUAUAUACAAGCUGCCUAGGAUGUUAAAGUACAUCCGCGAAUAGAGUAAAUGCAAACAUCUUACGAAUGUCGUCCAUAACAAUCCAGAUAGCAAAAUCUGCGGAGACAGAUUUUGAGCAGAACAUGCUCAAAAUGUCAAUUUUUUAUUGCAGAAAGGACUUUUGGGCGUUUUCUUUUUACAAGAAGCAAGUCCAUCUCGUGGUGGAACCGCAUAUGAAAAUGAUAGAUCUUGCUCAAUUUUUUCCGAAUUUACUAUCAGAUUAUAUUAGCAAUUUCUGCUCAAUUUCUGCUCUUAAUCUGUCAUCAGGUUAUGCAGCAGAUUCUAUUCAGUUCCUGCUACCAAUUUGCUGGCAUAAAAUGUUAGCAGACUUUGUUGAUAGAUCCUUAGCCAAAUGCGGACACAAGAUGUUUAGUUUUGUAGUGAGAAUCUGAGUUUGCUGCCAUUUGCCUGCAAACUGCCAAUAUUUUGCUAUCAGGGAAGUUACAGAAAUCUCACGAAACGAAAUAUCAUGCUUACAUCAAGCGCAUUUGUUGUAUUUAUUAGUUUUACGCGAAACGAUCUUGAUGGAUGCAAAAACUCGCCCGUUUCUAAACAAAUUGAUCAUGUGGAAAUGCGAAUAAGCUUUGCCAGUAGCCCCCAAAUAUGUAAGACGUACGUUAAAACUCGUCGCGAACCGAUUCUAAUAUAUACAAAAAUAGAAUAAAUAUUUCGACUUUCCGCCUAUAUCAUCUUGGACCGUAAAUUACUUGACCGAACGGUCUACGCGUUGCCCAUUCUUUCUUUCAAGCGUAAAUGCGACAUCAAUAAGACUUCUGACUAUAUAUAUAAAAUCGUCGACUAUAUUAGAUUGUGACGUCAUAAGCGAGUAAUGACGUAUUGAAAUUUCUU